AUGAGAAGCAAAAGGCAAGGACAGCAUUAUCGACUGCGGUACGCCCCGGUAAGUCCGGUACACGUGGCAACAGCGCGCCGCGGCGCGUGUGAUCGAUGCCUGACGCGUCGCCAUGACGACGGCGCGGCCCGAGCGUCGCGACGCCUCAUCGCGCCCGCGCGUCCGCUCGAUCAAGGUCAAGGCUUCCCCGCGCCUUCGCUCUCGCUAACACGAUUAUCGUGCGCCUGUAGUGAUGCGCGAGCGAGCGCCGACUCGUGGCGACUGGCCCGCGGCGUCGUCGGGCCGACACGCAUCCAGCGCUCCGGUCAAGGAGAGCGGCCAGGCCAGUCUGCCGGCGGUCGCGAGCCAGUUCAGACCUGUCUGCCGGUGGUCGCGAGCCUGCACAGACCUGUCUGCCUGCCUGUCCGCCUGUCCGGCGCCGCCUGCCUCGAGCCGCAGAUGGCGAGGGUGGUCGCGAUCCUGGCGCUGAGCGCGCUGGCUGUUCCGGCGGCCUCGGGAGGGGCCGAGACGGUUCCAGAACCUUCCGGCAAGGACUUCCUGCGGACCGUGAUCGGCCGGCUGCAGUCGGAGCGCGAGCGCACGCACGCCGGCGGCAACGUCAAGGUGCUGACCGACCGCGACAUUGCUGCCAACCACCACAGCAUGGAGGUCAUGGGCCCCACGCCGUUACCGCCCGCCAGAGACUCGGAGGAAGGCACAGAGAGCACGGUGUUCUCAGCCAAGAGCACUGUGCCCGUGCCGCCGGCCUUCUCGAAGGAGGAGCUGGUGUCGCUGUACCAAGCAGCUGUGCAGAAGGGAGCCUCGCUGGACCUGGACCAGCUGUUCGGCGGCGACGCGACCAGCAGCAAGCUGGCCCUGCAGAGCCUGGUGCCCGGAGACCCCCCUCCAGCCGACACGGUGCCGGGGUACUACUACUACUACUACCCCAUCAAGAGCUUCGUGAAGAACCUGCAAGCGGAGAGCAUGCAGGCGCAGAGCGCUCCGGAGCCGAGCCACGCCACCAUGAUGCUGGUGGACGCGACGGCGGGCGACCGCCGCGUCGACCCCUUGUUCGUGGCCAUGGCCAGCUUCGUCAGCAUGGCGCUCGUGUUCGCCUUCUCCACGCUGUUCCUGCCCAAGUUCGGCUCCGCCCUGCGCGCGCGCGGCCGCCUGCCCGACGAGCUGGCGGGGCUGACACGCGCCGUGCUGGCGGCCCUGGAGGGCGACUCGUGCGGCGAGCGGCUGGCCUGCGAGGCGGGGCGGCUGCUCCGCGGCAAGUCGCUCCGGUUUAUUGAAGCCAUUCUUCCUGCUCCAAUAAGAAAGCAGCUUCACCAGCUCCGCAAUUACGUAGGAAGAAUUAAGAGUUGUAAUCUUAUUUCUUGCAAAAAACAUUCGAAAAAAUCUGUGCAAUAGUUGUAUCAUGUUGUUCCUGUGCAAAAAGUAGACAAAAUUUAAAUUAAUUCUUAAUUUCAGACAAUACCAU